ACUCAGAGGUCAAUCAAGAAUCUGGCCAAAAUGCAUCCAAUCCGGACUUCCAGUAUCUUGGAGUGCGAAGCUGCAGAUCAGGUGUGUACGCUUUCUAAUAUACGUACAUCGAAUGAUAAAAUAAUACGUACAUUCACUAAGACGUUAAAAACAAAAUCUUAUAGGUGGAUGCCACCUAUAUUGUGGAUCCAGAGGAUACUGAUUGUCCUGAAUCCUUAGUAUGGAAUAAGGAAGUUGAGGAUCCUAGAGUUGAUUACAUUUUGAGGAAGCUGAUAAAUGGGCACAAGUGGUCCGAAAACACAUGGGUUGGAGGUCAUGAUGAAUGUCCAAAGCAGCUGCGACCAGAAGAGAAAGGUAAGCAUAACUACAAACGAUUUUCUCAUUUAUGAAAAUACUCCUCUAAUAUAAAAACAUAAAUAAACUCAGUUGGUGCAGUCCGGAAGAGGCAACUACGGCAAAGAGCUCCGGUUGCUAAUAAAAAACAGAAAAUUGAUGUUGAAGCUGAAGAGAAUGACAACGCUGGGGAAAGUUUAGAAGAUGAGAGGUUUGAUAAGUAUGUUGUUGAACUGAGGCGGUAUAUGAGGAGGCAAGAAACACAAAGGAACAAACUACAUAUGGAAUUAAAAGAGUUCAUCCGUGAGGAGAUUCGUGCUGCUCUAAAUCCAAAGGGCGAAACACAGGUACAACCUGAACCUUCCAAGGUAUCAAAGAGCCCUAUUAAAAAGGUGGAGAAGCCAAUGGUAAAGAAAUCCAGAAAUAUUCAAAUUGGAACAAGAAGAUCUCCUCGGCUGAAGAAUAUGAAUACUUCAGAAUACAAUGUUGAUGAUGUACCUCCACCUUCUGAGAAGGAUGAAGAGAAAACUGCCCCUGAAUCUGCUAGAAAAGAAGCAGAUAUGUCUGACAAUGAAAGUGCUGGACUUUAUUAUGGUGGACCUUCUGACGAGGACGAAGUCAUAUGUGAUGGUGGUGAAUAUGACAAAGGACCGAUAGAUUCAGCUACCAAACAACAAGAUAAGUCUGAGAUGGCAGACAUUUCUGAAGAUGAUAAGGACGUGUUGCCUGACCAGGAAACCAACACUGGAGAUGAUAAGGACGUGUUGCCUGAUGAGGAACACAAAACUGGAGAUGAUGAGAACGUCUUGCCUGAGGAUGAAACCAAAACUGGAGAUGAUCAGGACAUGUUGCAUCAGGAGGAAAGCAACGUUGGAGAUGAUGAAGAAUUGUUUAAUGCUCCUAGCUCCCCAAAACGUGGAGCUGACGAAUUGGAGGCUUCUCCGGCUGAUGAACCUACAAUUGCUGGUCAGAGGAAUGCUGGAGGGGCUAUUGGCGUUGAUGGCAACCUUUGUUCUACGCCUUCACCGUCUUCUGUACUAAAAGAGUUGGGAACCUCUGUUGAUGUAACUGCUGGUACCAAUGCCAUCGAGGUUGAACCAAUGGUGAAAGCAGAUAUCAUUUUGGGAGGAGAUAACAACACUAUCGUUGAUGAGGCUAAAACAACCGCAUCUGCUCCUCAAAAUCUUGAGGAAACAAAAAAUGAUUUUGAUGUGGGAGUAAGUGAGUCUCAAAAACCUGAGGAUGUUGUCCCCGUAAAAGAGAAGAAACCUGUUAAACGAAGAGUUACUUUUGAGGAUAAAGAGGAUAUAACCGCCUCUACCACGGAAAAUCAAGUAAGUUAUAGAGGCUGUUGUUAA